AGAAAAUUUCCUUCCUUAUAUAUAGCAGUAGUAAUAAAUGUCGAUAUAUCCAUAUACAAAUUACAGGCAACGCAUUACAAAAACAGAAGCAAGCUCUCUUCAUUCCUUCAAUCAAAUUUGGAAAUUCAAUGUACUAAAGAUGAAGAAAAUAUCAGCAAAAGUAGACAAGUUGGUAGAGAUUACAAAAUUGAUUAACGAUUUCAUUGAUCAAAAGAUUGAUAGAGAAAGUACCAGAGCAAAACUGGAGGAGAUUUCUAAAGAUCAUACAGAUUUAAUUUCGAGAUUCAACCCCUUGAUGCUAAACGAAUCUAAUCAAAUUACUUACGACGAUAUUAUUGUCAAAGUUCAUCAACUAGGUUCCAAGAUUCAACUUCUUUGGGACAAUUUGGUGAAGAAGAACAUGCGACCAAGUAUUACCGUAUAAGUAAUUAGGAUUCUUAUAGUAUAUUUUUCGUCUUUGUAUAGGGUUUUUUUAUGCUUACAAAAAAUAAAGGG